CUCUUUCUAAAACUAAAAGCUUUGUGAUUAAUGGAAAUUGAUCGAUUCAGGCCAGAAAGUUGAACUGUAUACAAGGAAUUUCAUUCUUAUCAAGCUAUUUACAUGCGCAGCGAUAGUAAGAUCAUGUUAAACUAGUUCAUUUCAUCCGAUUCAGACGAACUGAUCAAGUGAGAUGCUACCAGAAAGAUCCUUGAAGCUUUGAAUCCGGCAUCACAGUGAUGGCGCAAUCAGGUUAUAAUAUCAGUGAUCUUUUUAAAGAAGCUCACAACCGUUGGCUGAAGCCUGCAGAAGUGCUCUUUAUUUUACAGAAUUAUGAGGAAGAUCAACUCAGCCAUGAGCUUGCUAAGACACCACCAGCAAGUGGAUCAUUGUUUCUUUACAAUAAGAGGGUGCUUCGAUUUUUCCGUAGAGAUGGUCAUUCAUGGCGCAAGAAGAAGGAUGGAAAAACUGUUGGAGAAGCACACGAAAGGCUUAAGGCUGGUAACAUUGAGGCUCUUAACUGUUACUAUGCACAUGGAGAGCAGAAUCCCAAUUUUCAGAGACGUAGCUAUUGGAUGCUGGACCCGGCAUACGAGCACAUUGUCCUUGUUCACUAUAGGGAUAUAAUCGAGGGAAGGCAGAGUUCUGGAUCCAAUACACAAUUCUCAUCAGGGACCUCUGUCUCUUUGGGUCAGAGUUCUAAUUCAUAUAUACAUCCUGGUUCCAGUAGCACCAUAAGUGGAUUAUAUGAAUCAAAUCAGAGUCCACAGUCUGUGGAGUUUGAGUUUGCUUCUGAUGUAGAAAUGAAGAGCAAUAGGCUGGAGCGAUCUCUUGGAAUUCGUAGAGAAUCAUCUGGUCUUGAAUUGAGCAAAAACCUGCACAGAAUCGAGGUGCAGUUAAGUCUGAAUGAUGAAACAUUGGAAGAUCCACACUAUUAUGAUUGUCAGGAUCCUGCUGAUUUAGAACAUGCAUGGAAGGAUCAUAGCGAGUCUUCCAAUUCAGUACAUGAUGCAAAUGAUUUUCUAAUGCUUCAGAAUUCAGGUAACAAUGCCCAAUAUCAUCACCAUGGGUUUGCACCAGAGCUAACACCCGACCAUAAAGACCAACUUUUUUGGAAUGAAAUGCUGGACUUUUCCAAGAGUUCAGUCGAUGUUAAUAGCCAAGAGAAUAACUUGCUCACAUUAAUUGAAAAUCAGGAGAAGGAAUUCCUGCCCACACGAAGUCUAGUCGAAAAAGAAGCUGACCAGUGGACAAAUUUGGAAGGAUCUACUUCAUAUAACGAUAAUGAUGUUACCAAUUGUGAUGUUCAUACAACUUUGCAAUAUGCAGUAUCCAGCCAAACUACUGCAAGUUUUGACAACAAUCUUGUCUUUCCAACUUCAAGAUUUAUAUCUCAUGACGUUGAAAAUUUCAAUCUUCCUGCCUACAACUCUAUUCAAACCAUGGAUGACUACAAUGAAACAUUUAACCAAGAUCAGAGUGGGAUACAUCUGGAAGCAGAUCAAUUUUCUAUCUCUCAUAAGCAAAACUGCACAAUCAGAGAAGUAUCCCCCGAGUGGGGUUAUGCCUUUGAAACUACAAAGGUUGUCAUAGUUGGAUCAUUUCUUUGUGAUUCGCCAAUAUAUGCAUGCAAGUUUGGUGACACAGAAGUGCCAGUUGAGGUUAUUCAAGCUGGUGUCAUCUGUUGCCUUGCUCCUCCUCUAUCUCCUGGAAAGGUCACUUUCAGUAUUACUUGUGGAAAUCAGGAAUCCUGCAGCGAAGUCAGACUUUUCGAGUUCCGUAGUAAAGAAAGUAGUAGUUUAGAGGAUGCAUCAUCUAAGAGUCCUGAGGAGCUGUUGUUACUUGUUAGGCUUGUACAGAUGCUCCUAAUCGAAGGAUAUUCUUCGAAAGGGGAUACAGACAGUAACGAACCAGGAAGUGAUCUAAUGGGAAAACUCAAGGUUGGUGAAGAUUCAUGGGACCAAGUUAUGGGGGCAGUUUUAGAUGGCAGUUGGACUUCAUCUAGCACUAUAGCUUGGCUUCUUCAAGAACUUUUGAAAGACAAAUUGCAAAAAUGGCUUUGUACCCGGUCUGGAGGAUGCGAACAGUUUGAUUCCUUGUUAUCCAAGAAAGAACAGGGGAUGUUACAUCUAGUUGCUGCAUUGGGGUUCGAGUGGGCCUUAAACCCAAUUCUCAAUUCUGGAGUCAACAUAGAUUUCCGAGACAUUAAUGGUUGGACUGCUCUUCAUUGGGCUGCUCGGUUUGGACGGGAAAAAAUGGUAGCUGCAUUAGUAGCUAAAGGUGCAUCAGCCGGUGUAGUAACAGAUCCAAACGGUCAAGAUCCAGACGGAAAAACACCUGCUAAAAUUGCUUCAUCCAACGGCCAUAAAGGUCUAGCUGGUUAUCUAUCCGAGAUCGCACUCACUAGUCAUCUCUCAUCUCUUACAUUGGAAGAAGAUGACGAUUCUGAAAUCUCUGCUAAGAUGGAAGCGGGGAUUAGAGUGAACGACAUCGCACAGAGAAGUCUUAACGGAGUUGACCAUCACAGUUUAGCCGCAGUUUGGAAUGCAUCUCAGGCUGCUACGCGAAUACAAGCUGCAUUUCGUGCUCAUUCUUUUAGGCAGAGGCAACAGAGGGUAGCUGCUGCUUCUUCUCCAGGUAUAAUAGAUGAGUAUGACAUCUUUUCAGGUAACAUUGAAGGCCUUUCUGCUGCAUCAAAAUCGGCUUUUGGAAAAGCUAGAAACCAUAAUACAGCUGCAUUAUCUAUUCAGAAGAAUUAUCGAGGUUCUAAAGUUCGCAAGAACUAUCUAGCCUUCCGCCAGAAAGUCGUCAUGAUACAGGCACAUGUGAGAGGUCGUCAAGUGAGAGCACAGUAUAAAGUAGUCUGCUGGGCUGUUGGCAUUAUGGAGAAAGCUGUUAUACGUUGGCGUCGCAAAGGAAUUGGUCUGAGAGGAUACAGACCCGAGUUAGAGUCCAUUGCCGAAACUGAAGACGAAGACAUUCUCAAAGUAUUCCGCAAGAAAAAGGUUGAUGGUAAUGUUAAAGACGCCUUGAAAAGAGUGCUCUCUAUGGUUGAACACCCCGAAGCUCGUCAACAAUAUUGUCGCAUGCUUGUUAAGCAUCAAGAAGCUACUCAGGCAGAAAAUGAGGCAGAAUUUCAAGAUAUAGAUAGUGAAAUAAACAUGAUAAAUGAAAAUGAUGAUCCAUAUCAAUAUAUAAUGUUGUAGCAAGAAAUGAUUAUCAGAUUCCACAGGUAAGCAUGUAUGUACAUUGUUGAAAUAAUUUAAUAUUUUUCUUCCUU